UUACUUUAUGAAUGGCAGGUAGUCCCGUAGUGCCGCGCUCGAAGCGGUGACUUACCACCUAAUCAUCUAUACCCACUGAACGUUGACGAAUUCGUUAUCAUCGUCAUUUUACCUAGAUGAUCUUCACUCUUGCGCACACUUGUGCUUGAGGAUUCGAAGUUGCCGUCCUAGUAUUGUCAAAUAAUGCCAAUACCCAGUUCAUUCGUGCCGACAGACGCCCAUUUCUGACGUAUCAUAAUGAUGGCAUCCCUAGUCUCCAUCAUCAUCACCACCAUCCCUUCCAUCCUCCUCCUCCUCCUCUACACGGCACCAUGCCAUGCGCAAGGCCUAGGCGAAAGCGACACCCCCGUACCAGAGGACUUCCCCAAAGCAUUCAUCACCGCCAUGGCCGUGGCCAUCGUCUGCGUGGUGCUGCUGCUCGCGCUAGUCUGCGUGUUCGCCCACUCCUGGCAGUACAUCCUGUGCCGGCACGGGCGAGCGACGUCCUCGGGCGUGUCCGAGCGCUGGCUCGAACCAGUCUUCGAGUGGCCGCAGCAGCUGCGCCCGCUGUCGAGGAGUAGCUACAGGCAGAGAGGGAAGGACCGCCGACGGCUGCGGGACAGGGUGAGGACGAGGAUGGGAUGGGAUAGUAAAGGGGUGGGUGAGGGUGUGGGUGUAGGUGCAGGUGUAGGACAAGCUGAGAGGGCAGACCACCAUGGUGGAGAGGGAAGGGGAGGGGAGCCGUAAUAUGGGCUUGUAAGGAAGGGGAGGGGAGCCGUAAUAUGGGCUUGUAAGGAAGGGAGUAUGGGGCCCGGCAUGCGGAUGUCGAGCACCGAAAAUUAUUCCGGAUACGCGCACUUCUCG